GUUCAGUGCUGGCUACAACUGAAGUAGCAGCGUUCAGCUUACCAAGACUCAAUACGAUUUUUCUCCAAUUAGAUUCUCUAUUAUUUUAUUUCGUUUUUAAUUCGUUAAUUAUGAAAGUUUAACGGACAAAAUAUACGUUAUAUAUGUACAUAUCUAAGUACUAAUUAUAGUAUGCCGAACUACAACUGAGGACCUGCAUAAAUAUAUAUACGCGGACUGAAUAAAUUUCCAGGACCAGUCACUCAUCAAUAAAAUACUUAUAACUAACAUUUCUCCAAUAGAAAAUGCCUACCUACAAACUGAUGUACUUCAAUAUCAAGGGCCUUGGCGAAUCCAUCAGAUGGCUCUUCGCUUACGCUGGAGUCGACUUUGAGGACCAACGCGUCAGCGCUGACGAGUGGAAGGCUCUCAAGCCAACAAUGCCAUUCAACCAGUUGCCGGUACUCGAGGUGGAUGGCAAGAGGGUCAAUCAGUCAACGGCGAUCUGUCGCUACCUGGCUAAGCAGUUCGGUCUUGCCGGCAAGGACGACUGGGAGAACCUUGAGAUUGAUGCUAUCAUCGAUACUAUCAGCGACUUGCGCACGAAAAUAGUAUCCGCUGCUCACGAACGAGUUGCCGAAGCCAAGGCCGAGAAACUGAAACUAGCCGAAGAGACGACGGAAUUGUUCAUCGGCCGCCUCGAGAAAAUAGUAAAAGCCAACGGUGGUCACCUCGUCGGCGGUAAAAUUACCUGGGCAGAUAUAAUAUUCGUAGCGACACUGGAGAUAGUCAAUCCCCGCAUGGGCCGGGACAUUGUUGAGAAAGCCGAGGGCUUAAAAGCUCUGAGACAUAAAGUACAAUCGCUGCCGGGUAUCAAAGCGUGGCUGGCUAAAAGACCCAACACUGAGCAUUAAUUUACACAUAUAAGAUAUCGUAGCUCGUAGCUAGGCUGCAACUAUAUAAUAGAGUUUUUAUAAUCUGACCUUUAACCUUAAUAAAAAUUGUGCCUUUAUUCACUUACUAUGUAUUCGUAAUUAUUUCAGCUUAACGCAGUCAAAGAUUUUUCCAAUAAUGCUUUUUUCUAAUUUUUAUUUUUUUAGUACAUAUAAUGAAAAAUCAAUACAACCAUUACAUAACUAUUACAAUUUAUUAUAACACAACUAUUACAAUAUAUUAUAUCAUAACUAUUACAAUAAUUUGUUGAUAUAAUGUAGUAUUCGACAAAAUAAGGGACACUUUUUUGUGUGCCAACAUUCAUUUUUAAGAAUGGAAAACCGUCUUUCAUCUUACCUCUUCAAACAAUGUCUAAUUAUAUCUUAACAUCUAAUGAAUAUUUUUCAAUAAAACCAAAUGGAAAAUAUUUAUCGUAAGAAGUGUAACAAUAAGAUAUUAGGUGUAAUUUAUAUAAAAAUUAUUAUUCGAAAGAGCAAUUUUGUUCCAACUAUGAUGGAAUAAAUUAUCAUGAUUAUUGUUAGUUUUUUCAAAAGUAAUAAAGCACUCAUAAAUUUCAUUAUAAUAGCAACUACUGAAUUAUACAAAUCUUUUAGCUUACUUAAACAUGUUUAUAUUUAUAUGUAACAAGACAUACACACGUGUAAUUGUGAAGCACGCAAUAUCUAUCUAAUUUUCAGGUACUAAGGUAAGCAUUUUGUUAGCAUGACUUAUUUUGCAUCAUUUUAUUUGAAUAAUUUUUUCAAAAGUAAUAAAUAAUAGCAGAUGUAAUGUCGUCAUAUUUGUGUUAGUCGCUGUCUGAAAGAAUAUUGGCCUUUUCCUUAUCUUAGAUAAAUAUCUGCUGGAUAUAAUUCAUGAAUUGGAACUUGAGGUCCCACCAUCCGAAAGAAAACUGCGCUUUUAGAAAAAAUAAUAAUAACAAUGACAUUUUAGAUAAAUUUGAACUUUUUC